GAUAUUUAAUUAAAAGCUACAGAUGAAAAGAUCAGCUUUUCCUUGUCCUCUUCUGAUCCCCAGCAUUAGACAUCUAAAAGUAACAAAGGAAACAACCUUAGGACUUUGCCCCAAAUACCGUAAACACCUGAUUGCACAAGCAGCAAGGACAACACUUCCAGCGAGUACAAUAGACUCUGCUGCCUUGUCACAAGUGCGACCGACGAGCGCUCCACAGCUUAAAUCCCCCGAAAUAUUGCAAGAGCACAAAGGCCGCGCACUUGUGCAGUCGGCUUCCCAGAGGCAUAGCGUGAACUGUGCUUGUGACGCAACAUUCAAGGGACAUGUGACUAGGACGUCACAGAGGGAAGCGACCCCAAGGAAAUAAGGCUCAACAUGAGCUAUUUUGGACUCAAGGUGGGUUUGAGAAAAUUACGGGACGCGGUGAAGAUCCUUCAGAUGGUUGAGCCUCGAUGGGGUCAGAGCCCCUUAUCAAUAACCUGUAGAUUUAUGAGUCAAGCAAAGGACCCGCCACUCACUGCAGAAAGGUAUGGAGUAUCCCGUCUGCCUUUUUCAGAGAUCUCAGAUGAAGAUAUCCGGCACUUUAAGAAAAUAAUCCCUGGUAGAGUUGUCACUCAUGAAGGCGACUUGAAAGCUUAUAACAUUGACUGGUUACGAACAGUGAGAGGACGUAGCAAAGUACUUUUAAAACCUCGGACUACAGAAGAGGUGUCCCAGAUCCUGAAGUAUUGUAAUCAAAGGGACCUGGCUGUAACCCCUCAGGGAGGAAACACAAGUCUAGUCGGAGGCAGUAUCCCUGUGUUUGAUGAGAUCCUCAUCUCCACUGCUCUCAUGGACCAGGUGAUCAGUUUUGAUGACGUUUCGGGUGCCUUGGUGUGCCAGGCAGGCUGCAUUUUAGAGUCGCUAAACCAGUAUCUGGGAGAACGGGGUUAUACCAUGCCACUAGAUCUAGGAGCAAAGGGAAGCUGUCACAUAGGGGGCAACCUGGCUACGAAUGCUGGUGGCCUCAGACUUCUGCGAUAUGGAUCCCUACGAGGGACAGUCUUAGGACUUGAAGCCGUUCUUCCCGAUGGAUCUAUUCUGGAAUGUCUCAACUCCUUGCGCAAAGAUAACACAGGCUACGAUCUGAAGCAGCUGUUCAUUGGAUCAGAGGGAACUCUAGGCCUCAUCACUGCUUUAUCCAUUCUGUGCCCUCGCAAACCCAGUGCAGUAAAUGUGGCCUUUUUAGGAUGUGAACAUUUCAGCAGAGUUUUGCAGGUGUUCACACUGUGCAGAGAUCACCUGGGAGAGAUUCUGUCGGCCUGUGAGUUCAUGGACUCGGAGUCUAUGAGGAUGGUGAAAACACAUCUGAAACUUACCAAUCCUUUACCAGACAAUGCGUUCUACGUCUUGGUAGAAACCUCUGGCUCCUGUGGAAAGCACGAUGAAGAGAAGCUCAAUAUAUUUCUGGAGAAGGCAAUGGAGUCAGGACUUGUGACAUCUGGGACAGUAGCUACAGACCAGGCUAAAAUACUGUCCCUCUGGGCCCUCCGGGAACGUAUCACAGAGGCUCUAGCCUAUGAUGGUUAUGUCUACAAAUAUGACUUGUCAAUGCCUGUGGAGAAACUGUACACACUCGUAGAAGAAACAAGGGCUCGUUUAGGUUCGGCUGCUCAAUGUGUGGUUGGUUAUGGACAUUUAGGUGAUGGAAACUUGCAUUUAAACAUCACAGCAAAGUCGUACAGUGACGCCUUAGCGUCAGCCCUGGAGCCUUUUGUGUAUGAAUGGACAUCUCAACACAGCGGCAGUAUAAGUGCUGAACAUGGUCUGGGAUUCAAAAAGAGGGACCACAUUUAUUACAGCAAGUCCAGGGGAGCAGUGAGCAUUAUGCAGAAUCUUAAACAUAUGCUGGAUCCAAAAGGCAUCAUGAACCCAUACAAGACUAUCCCUCCAGCUGAGCGAACCCCUGGCAUAUAAAAUGUUAACAGAACUUGUUAGCGCCUAGAAUUAAAUUUCCUAGUCCUUUCUGAGUAAUGUCACAUUUUUAUAAUGUAUAAAAUUAUUGUAUACAACAUGUAUAGUGAAAUAAAUAAUUAAUUUAGCAAUUUA